AUAGGCGAGCAGUGCGUACAACCGCCACUCCGCUGCGCCGAGGGGACUAGGAGCAGUCGCUAUGCCUGAGCCUGCCAAGUCCGCGCCCGCCCCCAAGAAGGGCUCCAAGAAGGCGGUCACUAAGACCCAGAAGAAGGGCGACAAGAAGCGCAAGAAGAGCCGCAAGGAGAGCUACUCGAUCUACGUGUACAAGGUGCUGAAGCAGGUGCACCCCGACACGGGCAUCUCGUCCAAGGCCAUGGGCAUCAUGAACUCGUUUGUCAACGACAUCUUCGAACGCAUCGCCGGCGAGGCGUCGCGCCUGGCUCACUACAACAAGCGCUCGACCAUCACGUCGCGGGAGAUCCAGACGGCCGUGCGGCUGCUGCUGCCCGGCGAGCUGGCCAAGCACGCGGUCUCCGAGGGCACCAAGGCGGUCACCAAGUACACCAGCUCCAAGUAGAGUGGUCUGGAUUACUCGUUUUUAACCCAAAGGCUCUUUUCAGAGCCACCAUUUAUUCAAGUAAAAGGGCUAUCUUACUUUUCUUCCUGAGGGGUGUAGGGUGGGUUCUUAGUUGAGUAAAGCUGCAAAGCGAG